AUUUAAUCAUGACAGAAUCUGAGCUAUAUAUGGCCGUACCUCGGCAUUGGAGGAUAAGAAAUACGCAUCCUGCAAAAUCAUAAACUUUUUUUUUUUUUUUUUUUCCUUUUCUGUAAAUGGAAAAAGGAGUAUCCUUAAGAUGGGUUAAUAAGAAAAUACUGUAGAGACAUGUUUGUCUUGUUGGAAAAGGUGGAAUGUGGUUGCAACUGUUGCGAAAAAGUGCCAAGAUUUGUGAAAUCUUUCUUCUUGCGACUUUUUCUCUUCAACUUGACAUAUGUGAUGGCUUCUCUUAUAAAAAACAAAGAAUAAUACUAUAUGUACUAAUUAAUGUACUAACUAAUAUACGAACAGAUGAUGUGGCAUAAUUUUAAGGGUUUUGGAUAUUUAUAAUUGGUAUAAUAGGUGGGGUACGUAAUAAUAUCAUGACACUAGUUGGUACACUAGUGUGCAUAUUUAUUAGUACAUGUAGCAUCACCGAAAAAUAAAAGAUCCCAAAAAGAAGAACUUAAAAGGAAAAUCCUCAAUCUCUCCAACCCAAGUAGGCAGUCUUCAUACGGAUUCUCAUCUCUGAAGUUAGGUUGACCCUACCACUCAAUCUCCCUCUUUAAAUUCCCCUCCUCAACCCCUUCGCUUCCUUGGCACUUCCACACCUCUACUUUUGAUCUUUCCCACAAAGAAACAACUCACAAAGACUACUAGAGAGCUUCAUUUUUUUACUUCUCCCAUCUCUUGAGAAUAGGGGAAAAAGAAAAGAAAAAAAAAACAAAACAAAACAAUAACAAAACAAAAAAUGAGACACCAACCUUUUGGCUUCCUCAGAGAGAGAAACAUUCUUUCUGUAAGAAGCUUCAUGCUCUUGUUCUUAAGCUGUAUUUUUAACCUUGGCUUUCCAGGUACCCCUUCUUCAUUGAAGACACUCCCUCUCGACGGGCAUUUAUGUUUUGACAAAAUCCAUCACGCCGCCAAAGAUUUUGGUAACCGAUACCAAUUCCUCCCCUUGGCAGUUCUACAUCCAAAGUCUGUCUCUGAUGUCGCCACUACAAUCAAACAUAUUUGGCAAAUGGGUCCUAGUUCAGAGCUCACAGUCGCAGCGAGAGGCCAUGCACACUCUCUCCAGGGCCAGGCACAAGCUCACAGGGGAGUCGUGAUCAACAUGGAAUCAUUCAGUGGAAUGAAAAUGCAGGUUUAUAUUGGAAAACAUCCUUAUGUGGAUGUCUAUGGCGGCGAAUUGUGGAUUAAUAUCCUGCAUGAAAGCCUGAAAUAUGGGUUAGCACCAAAGUCUUGGACAGAUUACCUACAUCUCACAGUUGGCGGUACUUUGUCAAAUGCAGGGAUUAGUGGGCAGGCAUUCCGUCAUGGUCCUCAGAUCAGUAAUGUCCACCAGCUGGAAGUUGUUACAGGAAAAGGGGAGGUAGUGAAUUGUUCAGAGAAGCAGAAUGCAGACCUCUUUUAUGGUGUCCUUGGAGGACUUGGCCAGUUUGGCAUAAUCACACGAGCAAGAAUUUCUCUAGAACCAGCACCAAAAAUGGUAAAAUGGAUAAGAGUUUUGUAUUCAGACUUCUCCGCAUUCGUCAGAGACCAGGAGCAUUUGAUAUAUGCAGAGAACACGUUCGAUUACAUUGAAGGAUUUGUGAUAAUAAACAGGACAGGUCUCCUGAAUAAUUGGAGAUCAUCAUUCAAUCCGCAAGACCCAGUUCAAGCCAACCAAUUUCAAUCAGAUGGAAGAACACUUUACUGUCUUGAAUUGGCCAAAAACAUCAACCCAGAAAAAGUUGAUAUAAUAUACAAGGAAAUUGAGAACUUGCUAUCCCAACUAAGCUAUAUCUCAUCAACACUUUUCGUAUCAGAAGUUUCAUAUGUUGAAUUCUUGGACAGAGUUCAUGUGUCCGAGAUCAAACUAAGAUCAAAAGGCUUGUGGGAAGUUCCACACCCAUGGCUCAAUCUUCUCGUUCCUAGAAGCAAAAUACACAAUUUUGCUGAAGAAGUUUUUGGCAACAUUCUAAGAGAUACAAGCAAUGGCCCAGUCCUCGUCUACCCAGUUAACAAGUCAAAGUGGGACAACAGAACUUCAGUGGUUCUUCCAGAUGAAGAUAUUUUCUAUCUGGUGGCAUUCCUUUCCUCUGCAGUUCCAUCCUCUUCAGGAACUGAUGGCUUAGAACACAUCUUAAUUCAGAACAAAAGGAUUCUAGACUUCUGUGAAGCAGCCCACCUUGGGGUAAAGCAAUAUCUUCCACACUACGCGACACAGAAAGCGUGGCGAGCUCACUUUGGCCCACGUUGGGAAGUCUUCGUAAAAAGGAAAUCAGCUUAUGACCCUUUAGCAAUCUUAUCUCCAGGACACCAAAUCUUUCAAAAGGCAAUAUCCAUAUUAUAACAUAGGGCCACAUUAAUUAAUUAAAGAAAAAACUGAAAAGGCAUUCAGGGCAUGUGGCAAUUAGUUUGUGUCUUAGAUUGAUAAGAGUUUAUCAUAUCUUCUCGACAACUGUACUUAUAACUGGGAAGCUGUAGCAGCUAGUUUAAAUUGUUCACUUAUCAAGCAAAAUAUUUGAGUUGAAAUCUAUGAAAUAGCCUUUUGAAAGGUGCUGGAGAACACCAGACUUUAUUAAA